AUGACAAUGUUUUUGGGAUUACAAGUUCAUCAAGAUUCAUCUGGAAUCAUGUUGCAUGAGGGAAAAUAUGUGGAGGAUACGCUUGAGAAGUUUGGGUUCAAAGACUCUAAACCUGCCUCUAGGCCCUCUGCACCCAUGGUUGAAAGACCCCUGCUGGGACCAGAUCCAGAAGGAGAUUUUGUAGAUCAAACCGAAUAUCGAUCGAUGAUCGGAUCUCUCAUGUAUUUGACUGCCAGCAGACCUGACAUUAUGUCCGCCGUCUGUCAAUGUGCUAGAUAUCAGGCUAAUCCUAAACUCUCUCAUAUGAUUGUUGUUAAAAGGAUUUUUCGAUACCUCAAAGGUAGUCCUAAAUUAGAGCUGUGGUAUCCUAAAAAUCCUGAAUUUGAACUCUAUGCUUUCGCUGACAAUAAUUAUGGAGGUUGUGAUUUUGACAGGAAAUCAACUUCAGGCGGAUGUUAG